CUCAAAUUAGUACUGUUCCAUAUUCUAACCAGUUAAAUUCUAGAACGAAAAAAUGGUCAAAUGUUUGUUUUUAUUCGUGCUCUUUGCCGUAGCUUACUUAAGCUCGGCUGCUGUAUUUAACUAUGAAAAUACAGCAAACAAAGAUUAUCCAAACCAAUGUUACAUUGAAGGAAAAGCCUAUCCAAUCGGUACGAGCACUCCUAAAGGAGAGUGUUUUAAAAUUACGUGCAGCAGCGAUUUUUCAGCUGUAAAACAGACAUGCGGAGCCGUCGGACCACCAGCAGGCUUUCACAAUGAAUUCGACACGACAAAACCAUACCCAGAAUGCUGCGUUAAUUUCGUGCCAAAUAAGAGCUUGUAAUCGUGAAUUCGAAACAGUUUAAAACAAGACCGCAGAUCGUCGCUUCGCUCCUCUCUGCGUUCUUUUUGCGUUGUUUAAAAUGGUUUUUUUUUAACGUUAAUUUGAUUUUUCCAUCAAAUUAUUCAUUCAAGCACUACAUGGAAUGUAGUUUCAAUCGAAGUAUACAUUUCUGUAUUUUAUGAAAAUUAUUUUAAUCAAAAUCAAUAAUGUUCGACCUGGACAAAAAGUUCAUUAGACAAAUCUUUCUCUAAAUUGCCGUACUUUGAAAAAAUUAAAUAUGUAAGAGAAACAUUAAAAAAUUUAGUUAUUAAUCAUAUGGAUACAUAAAUAAAUAUUAAUAUAUAUUAAUUAAAUAAA